ACAGAGAGAGGGAGAUAGAGAAAGAGACUCCCCUGUUGUUACACGCGUUUUCCAUAUAUGCCAGAGAAGGUGGACUAGUACAAGUUUGAUAUAGUCAAGCUGGCCCUCAAAUAAGAUGUGGUCCAUGACAAAAUUUCUUGACAUGGCAACACACCUAAGCUAAUGGGCACUAUAUGGACUAGUCUUCAACCUUUUGCAGGCCUCAAAGCUCAAGCCAAUUCAAUCUUUUAUAUACAAAUUAAAUAUUUUCCAGCAACAGGGGAAGAUAAAGGAAGCAGAAGUUUGAGAUAUGUCUUUCUGUUUGCUUGUACAUGUGUUAUUAGUGUUCUUGUUCUGUAGUAGUAGUACACCUUCAAUACUAGCCUUGAAUGGCAGCUUGCCUGGCUGCCCUGACAAGUGUGGCAACGUCACCAUCCCCUACCCCUUCGGCAUCUCUGGCUGUAGCCUCUCCACCGGCUUCGACAUCACAUGCAACGACACCUACAAUCCACCAAAGCCAUUCACUGGCAGCCUCGGGAUAUUUGAUAUCACAGAUGAUGUGGUCAACGUCAACUUCACAAUCGCUGGUGGUGACUACUGUAGUGGCGGCACUUUCUCUACUUGGAUGCGGCUUGGUGGUGAUCAAUAUCCCUUCACCUUCUCUCAAACCAGAAACAUGUUCACCGCCAUCGGCUGUGACACGCUCGCCGUCUUCUACGAUGCCUGGAAUACGACGUCCUCCAUCAGUGGCUGUGUCUCUAUGUGCAGUAACAUGUCCAGCAUCGACAACGGGACAUGCUCCGGCAAUGGCUGCUGUCAAACCUCCAUCCCCACGGGUCUCAAACGCCUUUAUGUUAAGCUAGACACUAUAAGUGACAAAAUUGGUACCUUAAAUGGCUAUAAUUUCACUCAAACUAUCACCGAUUGUAGCAAAGCUUUCCUGGUGGAUAAGGAAUGGUUUCUGUUUCAAACCUCAUUCCUCAAGUCCUUCAAUCGAAGGAAAGUUCCGGUUGUGUUAGACUGGGCCAUUGGAAAACAGAAAUGCGACGUGGCCAAAAAAAAGUACACUGAUUAUGCAUGCAUGGGCAACACUCAGUGUGUGGACUCUGCCAACGGCCUUGGUUACCGCUGUAGCUGCCUCCCUGGAUACCAAGGGAACCCUUACCUUCCUGCUUAUCGUGGUGGUUGCCAAGAUAUAAACGAGUGUGAUAGUGAUCAAAAGACCCACAACUGCUCUAUGCUCUGUGUAAACACUCCCGGAAGCUACUACUGUUCAUGUCCACAUGGCUACGAUGGAGAUGGUAAAAUCAAUGGUACAGGAUGCACCAAAAAAUCCAAACUACUACAAAUUGUUCUCGGUUGUGCUUUGGGUUCCUUGCUUUUUCUUAUGGUUGGUAUUUGGUUAUCAUACUGGGCAACAAGGAAUAGAAGGAUGAACAAGCUAAGAGAGAAAUUCUUCGAACAAAACGGUGGAUUGCUCAUGCAACAACUGCUCUCUUCACACAACAGAGGAUCCAAAUCCGCACGCAUCUUCACCGAAAACGAACUUGAUCUUGCCACAGACAACUACAAUGAAAGCCGAAUCCUGGGCCAAGGAGCCCACGGCAUUGUCUACAAAGGAAUCCUGGCAGACAGCCAAAUUGUGGCCAUUAAAAAGUCUAAAUUCAUGGACAACAACAACAACAACGAAAUCAAUCAGAAGGACCAGUUUAUCAAUGAGGUGUUCAUCCUCUCACAAGUGAUCCACAAGAAUGUGGUGAAGAUCUUGGGUUGUUGCUUUGAGACACCAGUACCACUACUCGUGUACGAGUAUGUCCCCGGGGGAACUCUUUACCAUCAUAUCCACAAACAAAGGGGCUCACUUUCAUGGAGUACUCGCUUGAAAAUCGCCACAGAAACCGCUGAUGCAUUGUCCUACCUUCACUCUGCCACUGAAAUACCAAUCUUGCACAGAGAUGUCAAGUCUGCAAACAUUCUUCUUGAUGACAACUGCAUGGCCAAAGUAUCAGACUUUGGAGCUUCCAGACUGAUACCACAAGAUACAGACAACAUGACAACAAUGGUUCAGGGAACACUUGGGUACUUGGAUCCAGAGUAUCUCCACACUGGAGUGCUGACAGAGAAGAGCGAUGUUUAUAGCUUCGGAGUACUCCUUGCUGAGCUCCUAACAGGGGAGCAGUCAAUUUCAUUUAAAAGAAAAGAGGAGGAGAUGAACUUAGGCAUGUAUUUUCUUAUGAAGAUGAAAGCAGACACACUGUUUGAUAUACUAGAACCAAGAGUAAAGACUGAGGCCAAACAAGAGCAAUUGCAGGGAGUGGCUGAGUUGAUAAAGAGAUGCCUUAAGAUCAAAGGGGAUGAGAGGCCAACAAUGAAAGCUGUGACCUUGGAGCUUGAGCGUUUGAAAAGCCAAGAUGAGGAUAGCCUGCAUGAAUGGCCAUUGAAUGAGGGUGGAGUGGAUGAGAGCUUGGUUGUCAAAACAAAAAGGUUUUACAAUUGGAAUAGGUUUGAGGAUGAAAGCUUGCUCCGUGGAUCAAUUUGGUCUUAUAAUACUUCAGAUCUUGAGACAGGGAAUUCAAGUGAUCAGCUGGUAGGUUCAAGUUCAACCAUGCCCUUAUCUAGCAGCACUACGAAGACUGAAAUCAUGCUGACUUCACUGGGACCAAAGAUGAAGUGAUUAUUUUUAGAUAAUAGCUGGUUAGCAUUGUGAGUCUCUCAUAUGUUUGAUGUUUUGUAUUUUCCUAUAACAUCCCUUUGUUCUAAAUUAAGUUUUUCCUCCGAGUGUACUAAAUACAGUGGUUCGGUACCGUUCUCCUAUCCA